UCAUCAAGCAGGGUGCCAACGUGGAUGCAGCCACCAAGAAAGGAAACACCGCGCUGCACAUCGCCUCCCUUGCUGGACAGACCGACGUGGUGAAGGAGCUCGUCACAAAUGGUGCAAACGUCAAUGCACAGUCUCAGAAUGGCUUUACUCCGCUGUACAUGGCAGCGCAGGAGAAUCACUUGGAGGUGGUGCAGUUCUUACUUGACAAUGGCUCCAGUCAGAGCAUCGCAACCGAGGACGGUUUUACUCCUCUGGCAGUGGCGCUGCAGCAGGGCCAUGACCAGGUGGUUUCCCUCCUACUGGAAAACGAUACCAAAGGGAAGGUCCGACUCCCAGCUCUGCACAUAGCUGCCCGGAAAGACGACACCAAGGCUGCAGCCCUCCUCCUCCAAAAUGACCACAAUGCAGAUGUGGAGUCGAAGAUGAUGGUGAAUAGAACAACAGAGAGCGGAUUUACCCCCCUCCACAUUGCGGCUCACUAUGGCAACAUCAAUGUGGCGACACUGUUGCUCAACAGAGGGGCAGCUGUAGACUUCAAGGCCAGGAAUGAUAUAACACCUCUGCAUGUAGCAUCCAAGCGAGGAAACACCAACAUGGUGCGGCUGCUACUGGAGAGAGGGGCAAAGAUCGACGCAAGGACAAAGGAUGGUUUGACUCCUCUCCACUGUGGUGCCAGAAGUGGCCAUGAGCAGGUGGUGGAGAUGCUGCUGAACAGAGGAGCUCCAAUACUCUCCAAGACCAAGAAUGGUUUAUCUCCUCUUCACAUGGCGACGCAGGGUGACCACCUGAACUGUGUCCAGCUGCUGCUGCACCACGAGGUGCCUGUAGAUGACGUGACGAACGACUACCUGACGGCUCUUCACGUGGCCGCACACUGCGGUCACUACAAGGUGGCCAAGGUCAUUUUGGACAAGAAGGCUAAUCCCAACGCUAAGGCACUGAAUGGUUUUACUCCUCUGCACAUUGCCUGUAAGAAAAACAGACUGAAAGUGAUGGAACUGCUUCUGAAGCAUGGGGCGUCUAUACAGGCCGUCACAGAGUCUGGUCUGACGCCGAUCCAUGUUGCUGCGUUUAUGGGGCAUGAAAACAUCGUCCACCAGCUGAUCAACCACGGGGCUUCCCCCAACUCGAGCAAUGUGAGAGGUGAGACAGCGCUGCACAUGGCAGCGAGGGCCGGACAGUCUGAUGUGGUCCGAUAUUUGAUUCAGAACGGAGCCCAGGUUGAUGCCAAGGCAAAGGAUGAUCAGACUCCGCUGCACAUCUCAAGUCGUCUCGGUAAACCCGACAUCGUUCAGCAGCUGCUGACAAAAGGAGCAUGUCCAGAUGCCACCACCAACUCUGGAUACACACCUCUGCACCUGGCUGCCAGGGAGGGACACCGAGACGUGGCUGCAUCUCUGCUCGAUCAAGGCGCUAAUCUGAGCAUUACUACAAAGAAGGGUUUCACUCCUUUACAUGUUGCUGCAAAGUAUGGAAAGAUAGAGGUAGCCAACCUUUUGCUGCAGAAGAACGCUCCUGUUGAUGCUUCUGGGAAGAGUGGACUAACUCCACUGCAUGUGGCAGCACACUAUGAUAACCAGAAGGUGGCACUGCUCUUGCUCAAACAGGGAGCUUCACCCCACGCUGCUGCCAAGAACGGUUACACUCCGCUUCACAUCACGGCCAAGAAGAAUCAGAUGGAGAUCGCCACCACCUUGCUGGAGUACGGCGCCUCCACCAGCACGGUGACGCGUCAGGGCAUCACUCCUCUGCACCUGGCAGCACAAGAAGGAAACGUGGACAUAGUGACUCUGCUGCUGGCUCGAGACGCUCCUGUUGGCUCCAGCAACAAGUCUGGUCUGACUCCACUCCACCUGGCUGCCCAGGAAGAUAAAGUCAACGUUGCGGAGGUGUUAGUUAACCAUGGAGCCUCCAUAGACCCUGAGACCAAGCUGGGAUACACCCCUCUCCAUGUGGCCUGUCACUAUGGCAACGUGAAGAUGGUAAACUUUCUGCUCAAGAAUCAGGCAAAGGUCAACGCAAAGACCAAGAACGGGUACACACCUCUGCAUCAAGCCGCUCAGCAGGGACACACGCACAUCAUCAACCUGCUGCUGCACCACGGGGCUUCGCCCAACGAACUCACUGCCAAUGGGAACAGUGCCCUGUCAAUCGCCAGGAGACUGGGCUACAUUUCUGUAGUUGACACACUCAAAGUGGUCACCGAGGAGACUCUAACCACUCAGACUGUAAUAGAGAAACACAAGAUGAACGUCCCAGAGACCAUGAACGAGGUGCUGGACAUGUCUGACGAUGACGGUGAUGAUGCAAUGACGGGGGACACAGACAAAUAUCUGGCCCCCCAUGACCUGAGGGAACUGGGGGACGACUCGCUCCCACAGGAGGGCUACAUGGGCUUCAGCGUUGGAGCGCGGUCACAGAGCCUCCGUUCCUUCAGUUCUGAUAGGUCCAACACGUUGAACCGGAGCUCCUUCACGCGGGACAGCAUGAUGAUCGAGGAGAUCCUGGCCCCCACCAAGGACCCGCAUCUGCUGACUGCCAGGGAUGCAGACAACGACUCCCUGAGGAGGUACAGCUGGACCGCAGACCCACUAGAUAACGUCAACCUCGUCUCCUCGCCGGUCCACUCUGGUCUUUCCUCUCCGCUCCCGCAGUACGACAGCAGGUUCCUGGUCAGCUUUAUGGUCGACGCCAGAGGCGGCUCGAUGAGGGGAAGUCGGCACAACGGGAUGCGCAUCAUCAUCCCACCGAGAAAAUGCACAGCCCCCACCAGGAUCACUUGUCGUCUAGUAAAAAGGCACAAGCUGGCCUCCCCUCCUCCGAUGGUGGAAGGAGAAGGCUUGGCGAGCAGACUGGUGGAGGUUGGACCGGCAGGGGCUCAGUUUUUAGGGCCUGUGAUAGUAGAGAUCCCACAUUUUGCCUCAAUGCGAGGCCAGGAGAGGGAGCUGAUCCUGCUGCGCAGUGAGAAUGGAGAAUCCUGGAAGGAGCAUCUCUAUGACUGCAAGACGACUGACCUCAAUCAGCUUCUGAAUGGGAUGGAUGAAGAACUAGAUAGUCCUGAGGAGCUGGAGAGGAAGAGGAUCUGUCGCAUCGUCACUAAGGACUUUCCACAGUACUUUGCUGUGGUGUCCCGGGUCAGACAGGAGACCCACCAGAUGGGACCAGAGGGAGGAACUCUCUGCAGCCGGAGCGUCCCAUUGGUCCAAGCUUCCUUCCCCGAGGGGGCGUUAACUAAGAAAAUCAAAGUGGGAUUACAGGCCCAGCCCAUUCCUGAGGACACUGUGAAGAAAAUCCUUGGGAACCGAGCAACCUUCAGUCCCAUUGUUACCGUGGAGCCCAGAAGGAGAAAGUUCCACAAGCCCAUCACCAUGACGAUCCCAAUACCGCCACUCUCAGGGGAGGGGCUUACUAAUGGUUACAAAGGAGACAGUACACCUUGCCUCCGCCUUCUCUGUAGCAUUACAGGUGGUACAUCUCCAGCACAGUGGGAGGACAUCACUGGAACAACUCCCCUCACAUUCGUCAACGAUUGCGUCUCUUUCACUACCAAUGUCUCUGCGAGGUUCUGGUUAGCAGACUGCCACCAGAUCCCAGAGACAGUCGGCUUGGCCACUCAGCUCUAUAGAGAGCUGAUCUGUGUGCCCUACAUGGCCAAGUUUGUAGUGUUUGCCAAGAUGAAUGACCCUGUGGAGUCCAGCCUGAGGUGCUUCUGCAUGACAGAUGACAAAGUGGACAAAACCCUGGAGCAGCAGGAGAACUUUGAGGAGGUGGCAAGGAGUAAAGACAUAGAGGUUCUGGAGGGAAGGCCCAUUUAUGUGGAUUGUUAUGGAAACCUGGCUCCUUUGACCAAAACGGGGCAACAGUUGGUGCUCAACUUCUACGCCUUUAAGGAAAACCGUUUACCCUUCUGUGUUAAGGUUAGAGAUCCGAGCCAAGAGCCAUGCGGUCGCCUUACUUUCCUUAAAGAGUGCAGGUCAACAAAAGGCCUUCCACAGACUGCCGUGUGCAACCUGAAUAUUACGCUUCCCGCAGUCAAAAAGGAUUCGGAGUCAGAUGCCGAGGACGAGACUGAAAAGCCAGAUCGACGUCAUACCUUUGCAUCCCUAGCCUUACGUAAGCGCUACAGCUAUCUGACCGAGCCUGCACAGACAGUCGAACGAAGUGCAGCAACAAGAACACUGCCUUCUGGUCACCCUCACAAACCUGUCUUUCCAACCAGACCUUACCCACCAUGGUCGACUGCUCCUAUUACCGUCCCUGGCCAAACAAGGCUCACAGGAGUGGGGGGUCUCCUCACCUCUGCCGAUUCACCGGCAGGCUCACCAGCUUGUGCUCCAUUAAAAUCUGCCUGGCAACUUUCAGCACCUUCACCUGCAUGUACUACAAAAGCAACCUUGGGAGCUUCACCACCACCACCUGCCUCUUCAUCCCCAGUUAAAUCAAUCGGCGACUUACCAUCCUCUCCCAUCAGGUCUUACAGGACUGUGCCUUCACCCAUUAAAACCGUUGUCCAGCAGGGUCCAUACCCUGCUCAUGGAUCUGCCAUCCUUGCGACAUCUGGAAGUAAACCUGCCACUGAUCCAGCUUCAAUUAAAAAUCUUGCCUCAGCAUACACAUCGAGGAUCCCUCUCAAUCAUUCAAUACCAAAUGGUUCUUUAUCUGAGAGUUCUUCAGCCAUUACUGGUUCUGUCACAUCCCCCAAAUCUCUAUACAACUUCUACAGUUCUAAUCUGCCUUUUAAAACUGCCCUUGUGAACACUGCUGCUACAGAAGCCACCACCUUUUCUGCUGUAAAAAGCAACUCUAGUCUCUCAUCUCUAAAAACUUCUGUUGAAGCCACACUCACCUCUAGAGGAGGAAGGACAUCGAUUUCCCCUCUUUCGUCAACUGGUCAAACAACCAUUCCUUCCUCUGAGUUUUCCAUGAUGAAUGGAUCAGUGUCACCCGUUAAAUACCCAUCUUCCUCCUCCACCCCUUCUUCCCCUUCGUCACGUCUUCUCUCAGAGAGAAGCAGCAGUCUUCAGGAAAGGAUCCAAGCCACGACCCAUGCAGCAACUUCCAGUGUCAGUGCAGCCAUCAAUGAAGCUUUAGACUCUUACUCAGUCUCAGGUUAUGGGACACUUAGGUCUCUGUCGUCUUCACGCAGAUCUGCAACAGUAACCUCUGCUUAUGGUUCUCUGAGAUCAGGAACUGCUGUCUCAAGUCCAGCAGUCUCUUCUAAUACAAUGACUGUCCCUGUUUAUUCACUUAUCAAUGUCAUCCCUGACAGCCCUGUUAAACCAGGGCCAGGGUCUCUCAAAAUGGCCCUGCCCGAUUCUCCUCUUACCUCAUCCUCAUCCCCUUCAUCAUUCCCUUCAUGCGUUACUGGAACAAAAUUGAAAUCUCAGUUAAAAUCUCCUCCAUUUAUAACACCACCAGUAAUCCAUCCAACCGCAGCCUCAAAUCAGGAGAUACUGAAAGAUGUAGCAGAAAUGAAACAGGAUCUUAUCAGAAUGACAGCUAUUCUCCAGACAGAUACACAAAUGGCUGCUAAAACUGUACAGACAUCAAACACUGGAACUCCUAAAGAGUCUAAGUUAGAAGACCAGGAGCCACAUACAUUAGUUGAGAAGGUAAAAAAAGAUUUAUUCAAAGUCAGUGAGAUACUACAAAAAGAUAUCAUGGCUGAAGGUAAGACCAUUGCAGGUAAGGAGACAAGUUCAGAGGAUGAGUGGGAGGAAUUUACUAGAGAUGAGAUUGAAGAGGCUCAAAGAAAUGCCCUUCAAGACUACUACCCUCAGUAUGGUGAAAACAAUCUUUUUAAGCAACAGUUGAUGUCUAACAAAGAAUUAGAGUUAACUAAAGUAGUAGAUUAUUUAACAAAUGAUAUUGGUGCAAGUUCUCUGUCAAAAAUGGCAGAGCUGAAAAGUAAGUAUGAGGAUGAAGUGAAAAAGGAAGGUGAGGAAAAACAAAAACGAGUCCUCAAACCAUCAAUGACAAUACAGGAGAACAAACUUAAAAUGCCUCCGCCUGUUUCAGGCAUGAUCAGGUCUCCUUCAGAGAAAGACUUAAGCAAGCUUGCUGAGUCAUACCAAGGGUCAGACACAAUCUUGGAAUCCCCUGAGGAGCUUUCUCAUGAGCAGGAUAAGAGUCCCCUGUCAGACAGUGGGUUUGAGACGAGAAGUGAAAAGACUCCUUCCGCUCCUCAAAGUGCAGAAAGUACAGGACCUAAACCUUUAUUUACAGAUUCCCCAAUCCCCCCUUGUGUAACUGAGACCAGAACGGAGGUUGUCCACAUUAGGAGCUUUGAUCAGCCAGAUGAUCUUUCCGAGCCUGCAUUUAUAGAGGAGGCUGCAUGUGCUUUACCUCCUUUAGAGUCGGAAAGCCAAUCGACAACAGCUUUACAAAUGAAAAUGCCAGAAGAUGAUGCCUUGAUGAACAAAAGCAUGUGUCUCAAAGAGGAAACUCACAUCACGACCACAACUCGUAUGGUAUAUCACAAGCCUCAGUUAACUGAUGGCAAAGAGAUGUUAGAAGAAGCCAUGUCUGUCAGAGAUAUCAUGAAAGCUUUUCAAUCAGGUCGUGACCCAUCAAAAGAACUGGCAGGCCUCUUUGAGCACCAAUCUAAUCAAGACAUGGUUAAAGGUGAUGAGCUGACUCCCAGGUUUCUAGAUCGGGACAUUAAAUCCAAACCCAAAGUUGAAAGGAUAAUUGAGGUCCAUAUUGAAAAGGGCCACAGCACAGCAGAUCCAACCGAGGUUAUUUUCCGAGAAACAAAGAAACACCCUGAGCUAUACGUUUACAAAAGUGAUCGUGGGAUCAGGGAGCUUACUGAUUAUGAUGAGCCCCAGCAGGAAGAGGAAGAUUUUACUGCUGAAGAAUCUCUGCCCUCUUUCCUGGAAACUUCUCGUGUUAACACUCCAGUAUCACAAGAAGAGGACAGUCGCCCUAGUUCUGCCCAACUUAUAGGAGAUGACUCUUAUAAAGCUCUAAAACUCUUAAGCCAGCACUCCAUAGAAUAUUGUGAUGAUGAACUGUCUGAAGUCCGAGGAGAGUCAUAUAAGUUUGCUGAGAAAAUGCUUCUCUCAGAAAAGAUUGAAACAUCAAUGCAGUCUUAUUCAGAUGUAGAAGAUUCUUCAACAGUAGCUGAUAAAAACCAUCACAUUGUUUCUGAGGAAAAUGGUCGAUCUGAGGGUACAAACCAAGGGCAAGGAAGCCCCAAAAGAGAGUUUGUUUCGUCUUCAAAAGAUGGGUCCCCUAAAUCAGGUAAAUUCCUGCAAAAGGAUGAACCAUCUCAGUUUGACAAGGUGACAGUGCUCCAUUACUCAACAGAACCGGGCAGUCCAAAACAUGCUGUAUGGAUGAGAUUUACUGAGGACAAGCAUGAUAGAAGCAGGGACAAACUACUGUAUGAGGAUCGUGUAGAUCAGACAGUGAAGGAAGCUGAGGAAAAGCUCAGUGAGGUAUCUCAAUUUUUCCGUGAUAAAACAGAGAAGCUUAAUGAUGAGCUUCAGUCUCCUGAGAAAAAGCCAGUGAGACGACUGAAGGAGCCUAGAUCCUGGCCUACUUCAGCCUGCAGCAGUCCAGAAAAAACACAACAGAAACCUAAAGCAGGAGAUGGGGUGUUCAGUAAAACGAAACUUAAGGAAGCUUCAGUUGGUAAAUUUUUUGGUAGCUGCACAGAAGUUGAAAGUAAAAGCUCUAGCGUGCCAAGCAGUCCGCAGAAAAGUGUAUUCUUCAGUACAAGUGAUGAUAAAGUCAAACAAGAACCAAAGACCACUGUAUCAGAACCACCUUCCCCUUCCCAUGUAACCUCAACAUCUAAGGUUAGUGCAGUGAGGAUGAAGUUUGAAUCUGCAGCUCAGAAGGCCAGUCAAAGUCAGUCUAGUCCUACUAAAGUUCCUCCACCAGUCCAACCAAAACCAUCAGUAAAGAAACUACAGGAAAGCAAACUUCCCAUUUAUCAGGUUUGUAAUGCAGGAAAAGCAUCAAAAGCACCCGAGACCUCAGAAGAACAUAUACAAAAAAAGACUUCUAGGAACAAAGAAGAUUGCCAGCCUGGCCUGAUACACACAUCUAAAAUUCCUACAACAGACAAACUCCCAAACAAAAAUGUAAUUGAACCCUCCCACAACAUUAGUGAAACUAAGACUGAUAAAGCUCCACUUAGAGGUCAAGAUAGUCAAUUUAGGGAAACCCAGGACAUUAAAGAAAGUAAUAAGAGACAUGCUGUUAGGACCCCCAAUGUUUGUGACAAUGACGGUAAAAAAUAUCAGCAAUCCCAAAAAAAUUUGUCAUUUAACCAAGAUGCAAAAUCUGAACUGCCAAAGAAGGAUGAAGAGGAACCACUAAACAAAAACCUUAGAAAAAAGACAGAAUCUCAGAUACCUGUAAGAACAACAGCCCCCUGUUUAGAUAACAGUCUCACAAAGAAACAGAUAACAACAAAGCCCUCACAGAUUCCUACACUAUCUAAACCUAAAAGUCCAGAUGCAGGCCUAGCAAAAACAGAGCUUACAUUUGAAAUCCUUGAUAAUUUACCAAAAGAUUCAAACUCCAAUAACCUACCUAGCCCCAGAGAAAUACUGGAAAAUGUAAUAACCCCUCCAGUUACUGUAACAACCAAAGAAAACUUUAAAGGCAUUAAAACAUUGCCUGUUUAUGUCCAGGUUGGCAGACAGGCAGAGAGGGAGGCUAAGGGAGCACUGCACACAGUCAAACAGAAGUCAAACUCUGCAAUUAGUCCCAUAAGCCCAGAGGAUGACACUUUAGAACAAGUUUCUUUCAUAGACAGUUCAGGUAAAAGCCCUCUUACACCAGAAACCCCCAGUUCUGAAGAAGUCAGCUAUGAUCUCACGUGCAAAACACCUGAUGGCUUUUUAGAAUUCAUUUCGGGCAAGCCAAGCCCCAUCAUGGAGGUGUCUGAGGACUCGGAGGAAGAUGGUCAAGGAAAUACAGUUUUCUCUUUAAAAGAGGCAACAAUUGAAAGUAAAACCAAUGUCCAUGAUGCACAAGCAGACCUUGUUAAUGCUAAUAAAGAAGAAAAUAAAAUUAAUGACAAUCAACAGGAGUUGCCUGAUAAUUUUAAGAUAGAAGAAACAAUCAACAACACUGUUGGUGAAACAAAAGGCAAGGAGCAAGAAGAAAUGUCAAAAGACAAGGGCAUUGCAUAUAUUGAGUUUCCUCCCCCGCCCCCUCUGGAUUCAGCUUCAGAAAUUUCAGACACAGAGAGAAAGGACUCAUGUGCUUCUUCAGAGACAGAAACCGAAAUGAUGGAAGUGAAUUUACAGGAGGAACAUGACAAGCAUCUAACUGAACCUGUCAUACGUAUACAACCCCCUACGCCUGUGCCCCUUAGUACAGAUGACAGUCAAUCUAAUGCAGAAGACGAAAAUGAUGAGUCAAUCUUCCAACCAAUUCCUUGUAAGAAAUUGGCCUCAAAUGUUCCUGAGGAGGAAAAUAAAAAGGAGAAAGAAAAAGCACCUAAACCCAAAAGACAUGACAAAAAUGGCAACAAAGAACCUGGUGGGUCCAACGGUUCCACCAAUGGUUCCAAAGUUUCCAAUGGUAAAGGUGAGGAAAAUGACUGUGAACAAAAUGGAAAUGAUCAGUCAAUAACAGACUGUUCUAUAGCCACAACAGCUGAGUUUUCUCAUGACACAGAUGCCACAGAGAUAGACUCUCUUGAUGGCUAUGAGCUUCAAGAUGAAGAUGAUGGCCUGUGCGAGCAGGCUGACUUACGGCUUCUUGGACUUUCAGACACCCGGAGAGAUGUCUGGACAACAGACACAUUUAGGUCUUCUGAUCGGUCUUUUCCCCCGACCAAACUUGAAGUUAUUGAGGAGGAAAAGACACCAGAGGAAUUACAGAAGGACACUUUGAAAAAAGAAACAUCUACAUGUAAUGGAAAUUUUGAAAGUGUAAGUAAAGAUGAAGCAAAGACCCAGGAACAAAGACCCUCAGAAAAAGAGGGAUUUUCAGACUCUUAUUUUAGUUACAAAAUAGAAGAGGAGUUCAAUUCUCCUUUUAAGACUGUUGCCACUAAAGGGCUUGACUUUGAUCCAUGGUCAAGUAAAGGUGGUGAAGGAGAAAUCGUUGAUAUGGGUGGGUCACGUGACAACAAUGGGGAGCCAAAGCCUUAUGGACUAGCAGUUGAAGACCAGUCUCAGGCUACAACAGCAGAAACUACCCCUGCCCAAACUCCAACGGAUGAUAGCACCCCAACGAGUGAACCAAAUCCUUUCCCCUUCCAUGAAGGGAAGAUGUUUGAGAUGACGCGCAGUGGUGCAAUUGACAUGAGCAAGAGGGACAUGGUGGAGGAAAGGCUCCAGUUUUUUCAGAUUGGUGAGCAUUACUACUCAGCGGGAAGGUACAGGGUCAGGGACUUAGAGAAGGAUGCCUCCGCACAACAAAUAAUUGAGUUUAAUUCUCAUUAUACCUUAUCAGUCCCUCAAGUCUCUAUUCAGACUACCACUGUAGAGAUACCCAAUGUGUCUGGUUACAGCACAUGCAGAGAGCCAGCUUCCAGCAUCGACAAUAAAUUCUCCACUUUUAGAGCAGGUUUAACACUAACAUCCCCUAACACGUCAAAUAGCACUACUAAUACAAGCACCUUUAAUAACAGUAGUGAUGAAGUCUCAGGGAAUACUGUAGAUAGGUUUUAUAGUAUUAUACCAGACUAUGCAGAUUACUGUCAUUUUGAUACAACAAACAUAGCAGAUGACUCUUUGAAGGAACAGUCAUAUGCUAUGGGAUACUACUCUAAAAACAAUACUUGUUCAGGUAUGCCAAAACCAACCUCAGAAAUUGAAAAUACUUAUCACCAAAGCCAAUAUUUUCCUUCAGCACCUUCACAACAGACAAAUAAUCUGCAAAAAAUGAGCAAUAAUACUAGUAGCACUCCAUCUAACGCCAGUUUAGGCAUUGCUCAAGUUGGCGGUAUUGUAUGUAGCAUGUUGUCUGCUUCAAGACCAACUCAGCGGGAGGUUAGUAGGAUAGAUGCUUCUUCAAGCCAGCUGGAGCAACACUAUGCAAAAGGAAAGGUUGUUUCUAAUAUAGCAAUAUCAAAAAUGGCCAAAGGAGUCAAAGGCGGUAUAAUCAGAUCCAAGUUGCCCUUGAGGGUAGUUGGCCACAAUCUAUGCAGUCAAAGGGAUCAUGUAUCAAUGGGUAUUUAUGUUGAUGGAUUCUCUUUUAGGACACAUGAGAUUAAACAUGAAGUCAGGGAAAGACUGGACCCUUUUAAAUCUUUAUUUCCAAAAUCCCGAAUCCCUAUAUUGAAAGCCAUUAAAAACCCUUCUUGUUUCCAAGAGCAGAUGCUGGCCAAAAACAGUCCUACAGUUAGAGGAAAUUAUAGGGAAAAUGUUAAAAAGGGAAGAACUCAACCCCAAUACAAAAGUGAUAAUAGUUCAAUAGUCUUAAGGAACUCUUCAACAAAGGCUGUUAAAAGCAAGGCAGCCAACCAUUUAAAAAAAACUAAACUCAAGGAGGCUGAACCUAAGUUAGUGGGAAAAACUCUUCCCUCCAAUGAGGAGGGCUGCUUCCACAGUACUGCCAGGAACAAAUCCCUGUCAAAACCGUCUAGAGCUUCUAGGAGUUCCCGUCCUUCCUGCACUUCUACCUCCACCCCCACUUCCACCACCACAUCACCACCACCCACUAGAGAUCUCAGUCAAAGGCUGAGGACGAGCAAGCUGAAGAUUAGGUGGACACAUGGAGAGAAGAAGCGUGAGCAGAUGGAGGAAGGGAGUCAGGUUGAUCAACCAAACAGGACUCCUGUGAUGGAGAACGAGACUAGCCCUCAAAGCCCAUGUGAGAGAACAAACGUCCGUAUGGCGAUCGUAGCCGACCACCUCGGCCUCAGCUGGACCGAGCUGGCCAGGGAGUUGAAUUUCUCAGUGGAAGAAAUCAACUUCAUCAGAGUGGAAAACCCAAAUUCUCUGACAGCACAGAGUUUUAUGCUACUAAAGAAAUGGGUACACAGGGAUGGUAAAAAUGCCACAACGGAUACUUUAACUGCGGUGCUGACUAAGAUCAAUCGGUUGGAUAUUGUGACUUUACUGGAAGGGCCCAUAUUUGACUACGGUAACAUAACAGGCACACGCUGCUUUGCCGAUGAUAACGCAGUAUUCCCGGAUCAGUCCGAUGGCGACCACAUUAUAGAUCUGGAACUGAAAACCCCAACAGAACUCAACUACGUCCCCUGUACCCCCCUACGCUCCGAUGAGUUCUUUAGUGAGGGUGAAGCUAGCAUAGCGUCCCCUAGUAGGACCACGCUCACCAGACCUAGUGACCUCUCGCUUGCUCAGACUACAAGCACCUCCAGCAGCGAACCCCCCACGGUGGUCCCAGCCCAUGGCUCAGAACCUCCUAUUGCGGGGCCGGAAGAUACACUUCUGACUGCGGGAGACAGAGGGAUCUCUGUAGAGAUGCCAGAUAAUGACCGAAGGGCAGGGAACCAACAAAACGGAAGAGAGGAAGAAGAGGAAAUGACCCAGGAGCGACUGCGGAGUCUGCUGGAAGAUAUACAGCUGGAGGGAGGCGUGGAGGAAGAGGAGAUGACCGAGGAGAGAGUGAAUGCGAUCCUAGAGCAAGUACGGCAAGCAGAACAAAACAUUUCUUCGGUUCCAGGCUGGAGUGCCGAGACGUCUGGAGCCACAGCUGGACACAUCAGCAAAGACACAGAGAGCAGUCCCGACAGUCCGGCUGAUUCCCUGGAGCAGCCGCCGGCUCAGAACGGAGGCCACACAGACAGGGAAACAAAAGAAAAAGGAGCCAAGGGGAACGGAGCAGAUGAGGAUAGCAGGACAGCGGGACCUGGCAGAGGACGAGAGGAUGGGGGUGAAAAAUCCCAGCACAAAGUCCAGGAAACCAUCAGAGCUGGUGAGUCCAGCUCUGAUGACGAGACCACAGUCACUACCAGGGUGUACCGCAGACGGGUCAUUCUCAAGGGAGAGGAGGCCAGAAACAUCCCAGGACAAACUGUUACUGAGGAGCAAUUCAUAGACGAAGAUGGGAAUCUGGUGACAAGAAAAGUAACUGUCCUCCUCCUCCUGCUGCUUCACUACAGCCUACCCAGAAAAAUCUCAUUUCUCAUUCCGUCAUAUUUUCCUCCUUUAAAAAAAAACCUCUAUCCUCCUCUUCCUGACAUGCUUCUGCCCCCUACAGGUUAUCAGGAAGGUGGUGCGUCGGGGUUUCAACUCCGAGGAAAGAAGGGAAUGUGAACAGCCUAAUAUGGCAGGGGAAGGAGCUUUGACUGUUGAUGUAGGUGAAGCAGAUGCUGCUGCAUCAGCAGAAAAUGUAGCAGCAGCAGGAAAUAAGGGCGGUAAGGGCAAGAAAAGAGGGAAACGCUCCCGACACGGACACAAGGAGGAAGCCCAGAGAGAGAAAACCCAGCCUGGAGACGGUUCCAACAAGAAGCACGGGAAAAAGAGUCAGUCAUAACAACAAAGCUCUAACAUAAACAUGGUUUUAUAGUCGUUCACAGCAGCUACACACUCGAAGAACAAAAAAAAACACCAGAACUGGAGUCCAUGAGGAACAAGAAAGGCGUGGAGGCGUUUCAAGGCAGCCGACUCGUGUUAGAAGUAUUUUCCUACACCGCAUGGUUAACAGCAAGAUGAUGUUACUUUUCCUUGAUUUCGCAUGAGCAUGUCACUGAACUCACUCGCUGUCAGAAGGACAGAAGAAAACACACACAGGGGCCACUCACGGCUGUGAACGGGAACUUUCUCUCAUCGACGGCGAACGAACUGCAUCCGCAGCCAAAGAAAAGACCUGCUGACAGAACAGACUCCACUAUCUCAGACUCUCUACCCUACCGUGAUUUUUGUUUGUUUUCCUCCUGGAUCUGAAGCAGCUGCACCGGAGUGCACCAUGUGCUUCUUUUAUAAAAAUAAAAUCUAAUAAUAAAUGGGUGAUUUUCUUGUAUAUAAAUGACACUGUAUAAAAA